AUGAAGCGCAACAUCGCCGUGGUGUCGUCCAUAGGCAUCUACCUGCUGUCCUCCGUGACGUCCGUCUUCGUGAACAAGUAUGUGUUGAUGGAGGGGACCGUGGACACGGUGCUGUUGAUAUUUGUGCAACACCUGUCAUGUCUCCUACCCCUACAUAUAUUUAAAAAUUACCUUAUGGGGACCCAGGACAAGGAAGGAGUGGAGAAACACAUGGGAUCCCUCUAUGAAGGACUGAAACACAUGUGGCUGAUAAUCGUCUCCUUUAAUUUUACUUUAAUAUUUGGCAACACAUGUUUGAAGUACACAAAUAUAUCCUCCUACCAGCUAGCUAGAUCGAUGACGUUACCUUUUAAUUUCCUAUUUUCUUAUUUUUUUUUUAAGCAAAUAAAUUUUACUUUCCUGAUGAUAUUUGCCUGCAUGUUGGUAUCGACUGGGUUCUUCGUCUUUUCCGUGGACGCAGUCAGCACCAACUUCCAAUCGGUUCUGUAUGGCACCACCGUCUCCGUCGUCCAAGCCAUUCACCUGAACCUCCUGAAGAAGAAGCUAAUGAUUUAUCACAACAAAACGGUCAUGCUGUACUACAACAUAUUGUACUCUUCUAUCAUUUUAUUUAUUUACCUGUGCAUAAGAGGAGAGUUUUUUUCCAUUUUCCUCUGGAGCCAUCGCGUUUGUUUUUAUCUAGCCUUGUCCUGCAUUUCUUCCAUCUUUGUGACAUUUUCCUCCUUCCUGUGCAUUCACUACACCGACAACGUGGUCUAUAACAUGUUUGGAAAUGUCAAGUCCACCAUGCAGACAUUCAUAAGUAAAUUUUAUCAUGCGGAGGAGCUAAACGUGUAUACACUGGUGGGCAUUCUGUUGACCACCCUGGGGUCCUUCCUGUAUACCUAUUCGAGUGAGUACGCAAGGAAGAAGAAAGUUGGGUGA